AGUUCCUUAGAAAAGAAGAGUGAAAAUGUUUGGAAUUGGGAAGAAUAUCAUCGAAGGAGCCUUGAAUACUACAGGAGAUCUUGCAGGCUCUAUUAUCAAUGCUGGUGGUAACAUUUUAGACAGAGUUUCCCAUCUUGGAGGAAAGAAAAUCAAAGGGAAAGUCAUUCUUAUGAGAAGUAAUGUUUUGGAUUUCACUGAAUUUCAUUCCAAUCUUCUUGAUAACUUCACCGAGCUAUUGGGCGGUGGUGUUUCUCUCCAACUCAUCAGUGCCACUCAUACUUCAAAUGACUCACGAGGGAAAGUUGGACACAAGGCAUAUUUGGAGAGGUGGCUAACUUCAAUUCCACCAUUGUUUGCUGGAGAAUCUGUUUUUCAAAUCAACUUUGAUUGGGAAGAAGAUUUUGGAUAUCCAGGAGCCUUCUUCAUUAAAAAUGGACAUACUAGUGAAUUCUUUCUCAAAUCUCUUACUCUUGAAGAUGUUCCUGGCUAUGGAAAAGUCCAUUUUGAUUGCAAUUCUUGGGUUUAUCCUUCUGGACGAUACAAGAAAGAUCGUAUCUUCUUUGCCAAUCAUAGUUAUCUUCCAAACCAAACACCAAAUCCUCUUCGCAAGUAUAGAGAGGAAGAAUUGUGGAAUUUGAGAGGAGAUGGAACAGGAGAACGAAAGGAAUGGGAUAGAAUUUAUGACUACGAUGUCUAUAAUGACAUUGCUGAUCCUGAUGAUGGUGAUCAUCGUCCCAUUCUUGGAGGGACCGCCGAAUAUCCUUACCCUCGUAGAGGAAGAACAGGACGACCACGAUCAAGAAGAAAUGAAAAUUAUGAGAGCAGAUUGUCACCACUAAUGAGCUUAAACAUCUAUGUACCAAAGGAUGAAAAUUUUGGGCACUUGAAGAUGUCAGAUUUCCUUGGUUAUUCAUUGAAAGCAUUUUCUAUAUCAAUCAAACCAGGACUCCAAUCCAUAUUUGAUUUAACUCCAAAUGAAUUUGACAAUUUUAAGGAAGUUGAUAAUCUCUUUGAAAGAGGGUUUCCCAUUCCAUUUAAUGCUUUUAAGACUCUCACUGAGGACCUCACACCACCAUUGUUCAAAGCACUUGUUAGGAAUGAUGGUCAAAAAUUCCUCAAAUUUCCUACUCCUCAAGUGGUCAAAGAGGAUAAAUCUGCAUGGAGUACCGAUGAAGAAUUUGCAAGAGAAAUGUUAGCAGGGCCCAAUCCUCUAUUAAUUCGUCGUCUUGAAGUUUUUCCACCAAUAAGUAAGCUUGACCCAAAGGUUUAUGGGAAUCAAAACAGUACCAUCACUGAAGAACACAUAAAGCAUGGUUUGGAUGGUCUCACAGUAGAUGAGGCAAUCAAGCAAAACAAGGUGUACAUAUUGGAUUUCCAUGAUGCAUUGAUGCCAUAUCUUAGGAAAAUGAAUGCAACAUCUACAAAAACAUAUGCCACAAGAACAUUGCUCUUUUUGAAAGAUGAUGGGACUUUGAAGCCUUUGGUUAUUGAAUUGAGCUUACCACACCCUCAAGGAGAUGAACUUGGUGCAAUUAGCAAGCUAUACUUUCCAGCUGAAAAUGGAGUUCAAAGAUCUAUUUGGCAAUUGGCUAAAGCUUAUGUAGCUGUUAAUGAUGUUGGCUACCAUCAACUAAUUAGUCAUUGGUUGCAUACUCAUGCAGUACUCGAGCCAUUUGUGAUUGCAACACAUAGACAAUUGAGUGUUCUUCAUCCAAUUCAUAAGUUGCUUGUUCCUCAUUUCAAAGACACCAUGUUUAUAAAUGCAUCUGCAAGACAAGUUUUGAUCAAUGCCAAUGGUCUCAUUGAAUCAACCCAUUAUCCAUCAAAAUAUUCUAUGGAGUUGUCAUCUAUCUUAUACAAGGAUUGGACCUUCCUUGACCAAGCACUUCCCAAUAAUCUCAUCAAGAGGGGAAUAGCUGUGGAGGACUCAAGUUCCCCCCAUGGACUUAGAUUGCUAAUAAAUGAUUAUCCAUUUGCUGUUGAUGGUCUUGACAUUUGGUCAGCCAUCAAAACAUGGGUACAAGAUUAUUGCUCUCUCUACUACAAAGAUGACAAUGCAAUCCAAAAUGACUUUGAACUUCAAUCUUGGUGGAAUGAGCUCAGAGAGAAAGGCCAUGCUGACAAGAAAGAUGAACCAUGGUGGCCAAAAAUGCAAACUUUAAGCGAAUUAAUUGAAUCUUGCACUACUAUUAUAUGGAUUGCUUCAGCUCUUCAUGCUGCAGUUAAUUUUGGACAAUAUCCUUACGGAGGCUAUAUUCUCAAUAGACCAACUACAAGUCGUAGGUUUAUGCCUGAAGUUGGCACUGCUGAGUACAAAGAACUUGAAUCAAAUCCUGAAAAGGCUUUCUUACGAACAAUCAACUCAGAAUUACAAGCACUUGUUGGUAUUUCAAUAAUUGAAAUCUUGUCAAAGCACGCUUCUGAUGAAGUCUAUCUUGGCCAAAGAGCAUCAAUUGAUUGGACUUCAGAUAAAAUCGCAUUGGAAGCCUUUGAGAAAUUUGGGAAACAAUUAUUUGAAGUUGAAAAUAGGAUUAUGGAAAGGAAUCAAGAUGUGAACUUGAAGAAUAGAGCUGGACCUGUGAAUUUGCCUUACACUUUACUUGUUCCAUCAAGCAACGAAGGACUCACUGCAAGAGGAAUUCCCAACAGCAUCUCUAUCUAAGUUAUGAUCAAACAAGUGUUUGAUUUCCUGGGAGAUGUGUAAUUCGAAGGUCACAAAUUAUGUUUUAAGCUACCCAUUAUUAAUUAUUAGGAAAUAAGUGACCAUACUUUUAGUUUAAAUUA